AUGCCCCCAAAAUCAGACCAAGCCGAUGAUAAGCGCCAAGCUGCGCGCGAAGUAAUCGAUAUCCUCCAAGAGAUUUCCGACCUGUUGAAUACCAAUCUAGACCGAACAGAGCUGUCGCUUUGUGUGUCUCUUAUCGAGAACGGGAUUAAUCCCGAUGCUUUGGCGGCUGUUAUUAGAGACCUGCGUAAGGAGACUGGUUCUUCGAAGCGCGUGGUUAAUGCCCCUACCGUGGAGUGA